AUGAGGAUUCAAAAGCCGGCCAGAAAUUUGAAAAGAGUUAGAGCUCCAGGCAAUUUCCGGAAACUACACUCAGUUUCUCCAGAUCACCCGCGCCAGGGUGUGCUGGUAGACGAGAUGUAUGGCGAUCUGCUGCCGCAGCAACCCACGGGCGUGUAUUUCUUGCUGGAAGUGCACACACGGGAGCCAGGUCUGACACCACACGAGAUUGUAGAAGUGGCAGACCACGAACCCGCGGCAAAUGUGACCGUUGACGUCGAACUGGAAGAAGUGCUGCCGUUCCACGAAAACCCGCACGGGGGCGAACAGCCUCCCCACGACGACGAUAUCGAAAUGCAAGACAGUUGA